GCUGCCUCGCCGCUCCAACGCGGUUGGUGUGGAUCUGCGCUUAGGGUCUGUCAGGGGACGGACCUUCUGGAGAGCGUCAGUCAUCGGCACAGACCCUCGGGCGCACGGUCACUUUAGCACCGCUCAUUUACGCACACAGCUCGCUUCUGCUUAAGAAAAUCUACAGUUCAGCCAUGGCGAAACAUAGAGGAAAAGAUGAUGAGGAGAAACAGCACCAGACCAGCUGGAAGGAUUUUAUUUACAAUCGGAGAAGCGGAGAGUUUAUGGGUCGUACAGCCAGUGGCUGGGCUCUCAUCAUCCUCUUCUACCUGGUGUUCUACGGCUUCCUGGCUGGGAUGUUCACGCUCACCAUGUGGGUCAUGCUGCAGACGCUGGAUGACUACACUCCACGGUACCGGGACCGAGUGGCCAAUCCAGGCCUUGUGAUCAGACCGAAGACCCUGGAUAUUCUGUUCAAUAGAUCAGAGCCCUCGAACUACAGUCCGUACGUGGAGCAGCUGGAGUCGUUCCUACACGAGUAUGAUGACAUGGAGCAGAAGAACGAGCAGUGUGUGGCCGGCCAGUUCUUCGAACAGGAGACCCACCCACAGAAAAAGGCCUGCCAGUUCAGCCGGAACCUCCUGGGGCCUUGUUCAGGCCUUUUGGACCCCAGCUUCGGCUACCCACAAGGCGAGCCCUGCGUGCUGGUCAAGAUGAAUAGGGUCAUUGGGUUGAAGCCCGGAGGAGAUCCUCACAUCAACUGCACAGCCAAGAAAGAGAGCCCUCUUCAGUUGCAGUACUACCCUAUCGAGGGAAAGUUUGACAGGAUGUACUUCCCAUACUAUGGGAAGAAGGCCCAAGAGACAUACGUCCAGCCCCUGGUCGCGGUGAAGUUGCUGUUGACUAAGGAGAGCUACAAUACGGAGCUGACUGUUGAGUGUAAGAUCGAAGGCACCGACCUACGUAAUGAUGAUGACCGUGACAAGUUCCAGGGCCGCGUGACGUUUAGAUUAACAGUGACUGAAUGAGAGCUGUCGUUUCCUCAGUGCCGCCAUCAAGAUGGCGCAGUGGCCCUCAGCCAAAUCUUGCCUUUUCUGUCAGCCUGGACUGGGGACCCAGUCUGCGCUGAGGGGU